UUUCACACUCGCACUCACGCGCACACACACGCGGGCCCUCCUCCUCUGCUGACUGCGCCUCCAUCUCUGUCUCUCGCGCUCAUAUAAACAAAGGUGGUGUGUGAUCCGUGGACUCGCGUCACGUCUCUACGUCCACUGCAUGUGUUGGAAAUGAUGACGAUGAAGAUGAAGAUAAAUAACUGAGUGAUCUGCUGUUUUUAAUCCCGCGUGAAACAAACGUCAGCGCGAUUUCAGAGGCUCACGCGCCGAGGCUGGAGUAAAAACACCAGAAGAACAGGAAACGACUCAGGACUGAUCUGUGGGCUCAGCAUGGCCGCGAACAUGACGCCAGCUCCAGCCGUCUGGCCCGGCGAGGGACAGCCGUCGCUGCUGGACCCGGACGCCUCGCCGUCAAACCACGUCUCCGUCCCUGUGCCGUGCCCGGCGGCCGCGGGUGACCCUCACGUCCACAGCUGCAGCAGCAGCGUCGGCAGCAGUCCGGCCAACGCGCGGCGACCCCGCAGCAAAUCCAGAGGAGAGCUGGUCAUAGUCAUCAACGAGAAGCUGAAGAACAGUAAUGGGAUGCACCCGGCGUCCGCAGAGAGCACCUCUCCAGUCAUCUCCUCUCCCCCCAGAAGACAACACUCCAUCUCGUACCCUCACCAUGGCAAGACCAGGAAGGGCAGCAGGGCCGGAUCCAUCGGGUACACCGCCUUCUCGCCCAGGCCGUCCAUUUCGCGCCACUCCAGCAUCGCCACCAACCCCCCGCUGGACCGCACCAUGGUGAAGGACUACCUCCUCCUGUCCGUGCUGGCCUGCUUCUGCCCCGUGUGGCCCAUAAACAUCGUGGGAUUUGUUUACUCCAUCAUGUCCAAGAACAGUCUGGAGCAGGGAAACCUGGAUGGAGCCGUGCGCCUGGGCCGCGUGGCCAAAAUGCUCUCCGUGGUGUCACUAGUUGGAGGGACGGUCAUUAUCAUCGCCUGCAUUGUCAACCUGGCGAUAAAUGUGAAAACCUGAGUUUCAUCCCAGGGUGAAACUGGAUAAGACAACUGACCGUCUGGCCUGCACCUGCACCACCAUCUUUACCACCUUUAGUCAUUACCUGGAUGUGUGACAACAUGUGCACCCAACACACAGUGCUUUCUUAUAUUUCUGUAACCUAUACAAGUCCCUUUUUUUGCUCAUAGAAGACAAUGACACGCAAAUGCUGCUGUUGUGAUUCGG